CCGACCUUCAACCUGGCCGCCAUUGGACCCCUGCCUCCCACCAGCCUCAACGCUGCUCUGCUCGGGACUUGUGAGAGAUUCCUGUUGGCUGACUUUGUCUUCACUGUCAGGUCAAAGAGCCAGCAGCACCAACUCAACUCACUCUGUCUGUGAGGGCCGUCAUUUGAGCAGGCACUUGAUUCUGACCUAUUGUCAUUCUCACCGACACGUCCGAAGAAUUCACUGGCCACAGCUUAUAUCAGCUUCACCCACAUAUUCUUGACAUACAUAUACUUACCAAGAACUUGACUGAUCCCCAAAUCGUAAACAAGGGGCGCCAGCAAUAACCGCCAUGGCCUCUUUUGCAACACCCCUGCCGCAAUCAAGCCGGUCCGAGGUUCUUGAGUGGCGCUUCCCGAAGCCCUACCACCAAUAUGUCCUCACCGGCAAGUCGCGGGCUGCAUGGCACACCUCCUUCGUCAUCCCCCAGCUCAACCUGCUCCUCGACGCCGGCCUCGUCGUCAACAACCACCGGCCCAAGCACAUCUUCCUCACACACGGCCAUGCUGACCACUGCUUGCUUAUACCCGCCUUCACCAAGCGCGAGGACCCGCCAGAUGUCUUCUGCCCCGUCGAGAUGAAGAAGGCCCUCGACGACUUCAUCCUGGCCAAGACGCUGCUGAAUCGCGGCGGGCUGUACACAAGCAACGACGCAGAGUCGGUGGGGCUCGAGCUGGACGGGAAGGGCGUGGACGAGGAGGGCCGGACCGAGGGCGAGAGGGCUUUCCUGGGAACCCAUAAGACGACGGCCGUCAAGCACGGCGACGUCGUGCCCUUGCGGAGGCUAAAGGGCAUGAAUGCCACCGUCGUCCAGUGCGACCACAACGUUCCUAGCGUGGGCUACGUCUUCACGACGACGACGCACAAGCUGCGGCCCGAGUACACCUCCCUGCCCGGCCCAGAGCUGAAAAGCCUGCGCCAGUCGGGCGUAGAGCUUACGGCCCCCGUAACGACGCCCGUCUUCGCCUUCCUCGGCGACACGACGGCGUCGACGCUGGCUGCCGAUCCGGAGUGGCUGCGGCAGGGGAUACCCGUCGUCAUCACCGAGUGCAGCUUUUUGCACGACGAACACGACGCGCAGGCGGAGAAGACGAAGCACACCAAGUGGAAGGACCUGGAGAAGGUGGUGCGCAGGUGGCCCAAGACGACGUUCAUCCUGACGCACUUCAGCAUGCGGUACAGCAAUAAGGAUGUGGUGGCCUUCUUCAACGGCUUGGAGGACGCGCCGGCCAACAUUGUGGUCUGGGCGGAUGGGCAGCCGGAGUGACAUGAUCUCGAAGCUGAGGUGCCGUUAAAAAAUGUCAUUUGUGGAUGGAGAACCGGGCAUUGCAUUAGAUAGUCGAAG